GCCGCCGCCCCCGCCCCGCGCGCCGGCCUCUCCGCACCGACCUCAUCCGCCACUCACGCACACGCUGUACGAUGUCUUCAGGCACCUCGCGCUUGAAUUCCACUAUCAGAUGGACUGCACAUUCAUGGAGAACGUGAUCUCCUUGUGGCUCACACUGAACGGCUCGGCGUGGGGCAGUGCUGGCGCGUGGUCGCUCGCCACGCUGGCCGUGCCCACCGACACGCCGCGAAUACGUCUGGCCUCCGACACCGUCAACGCUCUGCUGCAGUCGCUCUGCACAUUGGAGAACAUAUCACUACGAUGUUGGGUGCUUUCAAUGCAAGCUUUGGCGUGGAUUGCCAGCUUACCGUUACAGACUGAAGGAAACAGUACGCAAACCAUGGGUCGCGUCAUUUUGGAAUGCGAGCAUUUCGUCCCGGCACUCGUCAAGUUUGUCACCAUGAAUGUUAACACUGACGGUGCUGUGGCUUCUUCGGAACCGUAUUUAGGCGGCGCUCAGAUCGGCGCGGGCGCGGGCGCGGCGUCGGCGCUGCACUCGGUGGUGUCGCGCGUGAUCUGCGCGCGCGGCGCGGGCGGCGCGCGCGCGCUGCGGGCCGUGUGCGGCGUGUGGCGCGCCGGCGCCGACGCGGGGCAGGCGCACGACCUGCAGGCCACGCUGCUGCGUCUGGCGCACCCCAUGCUGCAGGUGCUCAGCGCCAGGCAUGUGCACCACGCCACGCCGCUCUUCCUCACCGUCGGUCACGCACCAGUCGGGUGGUGGGUGCGCGAGAGCUGCGGCUGGCGCGGCGAGGGCGGGUCGGAGGCGCGGCUGUCGGGGCUGCGCGACGUGCUGGCGGGCGGCGGGUCGGGCGCGGUCCGGCGCGCGCCGCUCCGCCGCGCGGUUCUCGCGCAGCUGCUGCACUACUGCCGCAAGCUGCUCUCCGUGCCGCUGCCGCCGCACCAACUGCCUGCCAGCUCAUCAUCGUCGGCGUCGGUAUCGACAAGCGGCGAGCAGUCGCAGACGGACGAGAGCAAGGCGCAGCACAGCACCGCGCCCGAGGCCACCAACGUGGAGGACGAGCGCAAACAGCAGGCUGCCAGGACACCCUGCUUCGCCGAUACUGUAUUACAACAUCAGCAAAUUAUGCAGAAGUUCUACCGUACGCUGUCGAUCUGCGAUGGAAUGAAUACCGCUGCAUUGAAUUCAGGUAUGACUUCCGAGCCGUCGUCGCUGAAGGAGGAGGUGUUCUGGCUGGUGGCGCACAUGGCCACAGUAGCCUCUAACCCGGCUCUCAUGGUCACCAGUCUUAUGGAAUUCCUUAAAAAAGAAGAGGUCGUGAAUCUAUCGCAAGCGAUGCAGCAAUUGAUCAUACGCGUGCUGGACUACCCUGAAGCUCUCACAGCAUUUAUAGAAGCCGGUGGAUUAGAACUGGCCUUAGAGAAACUCACCGCAUGCCAUCAGGCGGGACCAAGCAGCGGUCAAGGUUUGGUCUCAUCGCUCAUGAACUACCUAAAGCUGCCGCCUCAGAUGAUCAACAUGUCGACAGCUUCGGCCGCCAACAAGAAGAACCAGCCGCCGGUCAUAGAGACCGCUAACGGCCUGGUCAAUAUAGCGCCGCUCUGCUCGGUGUCGUGCGGCAACCCGACGGCGCAGGCGGCGGACGUGCUGCUGGACGGCGGCGGCGGCAUGAGCGUGCGCGGCGCGUGCGCGGCCCGGCGCGUGCGGGCCGCCGCCUGGUCCUACCACUUCUUCAGCGCGGACGACGCCAGCCUCGCGCUCACGCUCACGCUGCCCUACGCCGUGCAGCUGCACGAGGUCCAGCUGCAGCCGCAUCUCACCAGCCUCGCCACGUGUCCGGGCGCGGUUGCCGUAGAAGCCGGGUGCGGUGGCACACUGGCCCUUGGGCCGCCGCAGAACACUGCUGGCAUGACCUUCAUUCGCCUGGUGGUAGCUCGGCCUAUCGUCUGCACCACUGUACAGAUUCGACUCUACAAACCGAGGGAUUCCUCCAACAUGGGCUUGUUGCAGCUGAGGCUGCUUGCUGCUCCUGCAUUUAAUAGCAAUUCAGCCAGCACGCCUAAUACCAGCAACAAUUGGGCGUGUGUGGUAGCGGCGUGUACCCGCGCGGGCGGCGCGGCGGGAGCGCCGCCGGCGCCCGGCUGGCGCGCGCGCGGCGGCGGCGCCGUCAGUGCGUUGUGCGCAUGCGCCGCCGCGGGCGGGCCCGCCGCCGCGCACGCGCACGCAGCCCUGCUAGCUGCUGCCAGACACGCGCCCGCACUGCGGGAACUCGUCACCGCGCUGCUCAACAUGGACGCAUACGCACAUGCUCACGCCUUCCAGGUGUCGACCAGUGGUCGCGUGAACGGCAGCAUGUGGGCGGUGUGCGAGCUGGUGCGGCAGCUGUGUCGCUGGUGCGCGGACGGCGCGGUGGCGGCCUACGUGCAGUGGCUGGCCGCCGCCGCCGAGCUGUGGCUGCGCCAGCGCGAGCCGCCCUCCGCCGCGCUCACGCACACGCUUGCCUCGGUAUUAUGGACGCUAAAAGAGAAGCGUAUCCUAGAGAACUUGGAAGAAUUGAUCACUGACGAUCUGUUUGAACUAGUCUACACAUGGGUGAAGGAUGUGCCCGAGUCAAGUCUACUGAAGAAAUCACUCGAUGCCAUUCUAUGUUCGAUGUGCUACAUCCGACCGGAGCUGUUCAUUAUGCUGUUGGAACACAUGGACAUACCAAUGUAUCAAGAUGAAAGCAUGGAAGGUCUGACAGACGACACGAAGCGGCGCGGGCGGGCGCGCGGCGGCGAGGCGCGCGUGUCGUGGGAGGCGCGCGGCUGGCAGCUGCAGAGCAUCGCGGCCGCCGCCAUGUCGCCCGCCGCCACGCUGGCGCUGCUGCACUCGCGUCUGCCCGCCGCCGUCGUCAAGGCCAUCGUCGAAUUCAGCGAAGCCAAACUAGAAAUGAUAAAAGCGCAGCGCAGCUCACAAGAGGACGUGCAAAUGUCGGAUGCCGACAGGGAGUCUGCGCGAGCCAAGCCCGAGCUGCCGUCCAUGAAGAGUGUGUGGCAGCUGGUGGAGUGGGCGCGCGCCGUCUGCUGGUCGCGCAGGCUCAAGGACUGGCUCGGCGGGCCCGGGAACACCUUCUGGAAGCCGCUGCUCACGCUGCUGUGCAUCCCAGACCACCCUACAGGUGUCACGUGGCAAGAGGAUGCUCAAUAUGCUCAACUGGAAGAAAGCACGAUCCGUUUGUUCGCCGAGUUGACAGUGUGCCACCCUGCUAAUCAGAAGUUGUUUGCAUCCACAUUGCAUAGCAUUCUAGAGUCGAUGCACUGUACUGGUCCGGAGGGCAUCUCCGGGUUCACGCGCGCGCUGAUCCUGCGCCUGGUGCUGUCGCCGGAGCGCGUGUGGGUGUCGCUGCGCUGGCAGGGCGGCGCGGGCGCGGCGGCCGCCGGCUGCGCGCACCCCGCCUUCCUGGGCCACAGCGUGCUGCCGCUGCCGCUCGCCGCCACCGUGCGACAUCUGCUGUCCGACCAUCGCCCGCCCGGUGCGUACUCACCACCUACCACUAAUAUGCAUGAACACAGCAUCAGCCUGCGGGGUAGCUCGGUACUCCGAAGCGCGUCAGACACCGCGAUCACUACCGCGGCGGAGGCCUGGGAACUAAGUCUGGCCGCCGCCAGCGCUUCCAAGGACAAGCGCGUCAAGGACGUCAAGAAUACCUCACUCAAACAAGCCAGUAGCAAGAAGAGACAGACCAAGACCAAUUGUGUAUUUUCAGAUCUAAUAGACACGACAAUCCGAGUGCAAGUCCCCGGGCUUGAAGGGUUCAUCCCUCCGAGCACAACACUCGCGCAGUUGACAGCCGUUGUACCACAUGUAUUUGGGCCACAUCUCGCGUUCACGCUACAUCUUAACACUAACGGAGCGUGGACGGGCCCUAGCUGGGACGCCGGGGCGGCGGCGGGCAGCAGCUCGGGCGCGGGCGCGGGCGCGGGCGCGGGCGCGGGCAGCAGCGCGGCGGGCUCGGGCGUGCUGCGCUGGUUCGGCGCGGUGGGCGGCCUGGCGCUGGUGGCGGCGCGCCUGCCGCGCCCGCACGCCGCGCCGCCAGACCCGCCCGCGCUGCUGCACCAUCACCACGACCUCGACUGGGUCAAGCUCGACGACCCCUACGAGGAGGUGGUUGAACUGGGCGUCAGUUCAGCCAACAACGGCAUGGAGGAGAGCGGGUGUACCGGAGUGCCGGCGCACGCACUAGUAGCGUUAGGCCUCUUGCUCAAAUUGCCGGGCUAUGCGGACGCCUUGCUGGAUGAGGGCGCGAGGGCAUGCCAUCUACUCAGACUACUGCUCGGAGUUACGCAUGAUGAGGAUGGACGCAGCAUCGCGGUGGGCGACCCCCGCGGCGGCGGCGCGGGGUCGCUGGGCACGCUGCCGUUCAGCGUGGUGGCGCGCCUGCUGGAGCGCGCGCCGCGCAACACGGACGACGGGCGCGCGCUGCGCCGGGCGCUGCUGGCGCGCGGCGCCGUGCGCCUGCUGCUGGCCUGCCUCGCCGUCUUCACGCACCACCGACCCAACUCCAACGAUAACAGCCAAGCUUCAAACGGUUCAACGGGCAAGUCGGAAGAGAAGAGCCAGUUGUAUUGGGCGAAGGGCACGGGCUUCGGCACGGGCUCCACGCAGCAGUCGUGGAAUGUCGAGCAAGCGCUCGUGCGACAGCGAACGGAAGAAGAACACGUCACAGUUCUGCUACAGGUGUUAGCAUCAUACAUGAACCCCGGUGAGAAGUGGCCGCCGGAGGAGGGCGCGGCCGAGAGCGCGGAGCGAGACGGCGACGCGGACGACUCGCACGACUUGCCCGCUGAGUUUAUUGAACUCGUCGCCAACAGCUCACUAGUCCCUGCUAUCUGCUCAUAUCUCAGAAAUGACUCAGUGCUGGACAUGUCGCGGCACAUCCCGCUGUACGUGCACGUGCUGCGCUGCGCGCGCGCGCUGCACGCGCUGGGCGCGCGGCGGCUGGGCGGCGCGCUGCGCCCGCUGCCGCGCCUGCUCGCCAUGAUGAGCCGCACCACCAACUCCUACGCCACCAAGCUAAGAAUGAGCAAGAAAAAUAUAUUCGGUAAAAUGACAUAUAGCCAAAGAUUUAGUACUUCAAGUAAUUCAGAGUUGUCCGAAGAAGACGAAGGACUCGCCGCACUUAUUGCUGAUAUACAAGCAACGUCAGCGCUGAUGUGUCGGUCGGAGAGCGAGGCGGAGUCCGGGCGCAGCAGCGGCGCGCCGCAGCCGCUCAGCGGGGCCUCGCGCGAGGCGCGCUACAUCGAGCUCAUGCGGACCAUGCAGUUUGAGACGUUCGAGAUGAUCGCGGAGUGCGCGGAGAACGGGUUCCGCUUCCUGGUCCCGUACCACUUCGAGGGCGCCGUGCGCGCGGCGGGCGAGCGCGCCCACCCCGCGCGCAUGAAGCGCCUCGCGCAGGAGGCCGCCACGCUCGCCACCUCGCUGCCGCUCUCCUACUCCUCCUCCGUGUUCGUCAGGACCGACGCCGACCGCCUCGACGUCAUGAAGGUCCUAAUAACGGGUCCGUCGGACACGCCAUACGCGAACGGCUGCUUCGUGCUAGACGUGUACUUCCCGGCGGAGUACCCGGCGGUGCCCAUGCUCAUCAACCUGGAGACUACGGGGCGCCACUCCGUGCGCUUUAACCCUAACCUGUACAACGACGGCAAGGUGUGCCUGUCCGUACUCAACACCUGGCACGGCCGCCCCGAGGAGAAGUGGAACGCGCACACCUCUAGUUUCCUACAGGUGUUAGUAUCAAUCCAGUCUCUGAUCCUGGUCCCCGAGCCGUACUUCAACGAGCCGGGCUACGAGCGCAGCCGCGGGACCCGCGUGGGCUCCAGCGCCUCGCUCGAGUACAACUCCAACAUCUACCAGGCCUGCGUGCGCUGGGCCAUGCUCGACCACCUGCGAAACCCCGAGCCUUGCUUCAAAGAGGUGAUUCAAACACACUUCUGGAUAAAACGCAACGAGAUAAUGCAGACAGUAGCCAAUUGGAUCACGGAGCUAGAGAGUCAGAGCGGUGACGAGCGGACGCAGAGGACCAUCCAGCUCAACCUCAUGGCUCUCAAGCGGCAUUACGUGAAGCUGCAGGAGGAGCUGGGCAAGCUGCCGGUGCCGGCGGGGCUGGAGGAGCUGGACGAGCCCUUCCAGCUGCCGGCCGCGCCCGAGCCGGUCGCGCAGCCGCCGCCGCCGCCCACCAACGACGAGAUCGACCACGACAUGGAGAAGAUCGUCUCGCAGGUGCUCGACUGAAGGCCCGGCCUGCCGCUCGCGCCGAGCGCACAAUGAAAGUACAAGUAGGAACCCACGCCGCCGCUCGAGACGCCGGAUUGCCGUACGCCAGCACGUACGCUCAUACGUUUCUAGCGUGUUUAUUGUUCGUAAAGGAUUUUCUUUUUAUUUUGUAGUAGAAGAUUUCGGUUUUUAUAGAUUUUUUAGUAGGCGUUUAGGACUUAGUGGGACCUCUGUUUAGUUUAACACACAUUGUGAUACUAAAAUGGGCCCGCUCGGCGCCCGGUAAGAUAUUUAAGGAGCUCUAGAUGAUGUACGGGCCGACGACAUUUUACUUAAUGCUAUGUAUAGUGAACGCCGACCGUCGCGCGGCGCACUCUGGGUAGAGCAGGGCCAGGCCGGCCGGCCCGCGACCACAUGCAACUAUGUACAUGAAAUUAUAAUUUGAUGUAUAUAACUUAUUGUUUUAAUUUUUGUAUUCUAAGAAUAUACUAUUAUAUGUAUCGCUGUAUUGCUCUAUAAGAGUAGUCGGAGGCGGCUGAAUUUUACGAAGGAAAUAAAUUAUAUAAUGCAUUCGGUAGUAAAUUAUGUACAGGCCUAGCCACCUUCAGUCAUAUCGCUUGGACGCGUAUCGUAGAGCCGACAGCGAGGAGUCCGGCCGCGCACGCUGCCGGCGUGAGCGGUGGCUGACAACGUCCGUCAAUGUAUGUGUGUAUAUAGAUAAAUCACCAGUAGAGUUCUGUGUUUCUCACUGUACUUUCAUUGCCAGGUAAGUUGGACGUAGGACGUUUAUUGUUAUAUUUUAUUGUGAAUUUCGGAAUGUAAAUAAAUUUUAUGUUAUCGCAA